AAGGUUUUAAUGUCCAGAAAAAUAAUGGUUUUAACAAGGCAAAAAACGAGAAUAGAGUCCAACGAAAAAACACAGGCCAAGCCCAGCUAAGGAUAACAAACAACACUGCUACAAAAGGUAGCAGGGAAAAGGCUAAGGACAACAAAAGGCACUACUACAACAGACUCUUUUUAAGAAAAGAAGAGCUCCUGCUGUUUUGAGACAAGGAAAGGACCAGGACCAACAUGGAGAGCAGCAAGCCAGUGAAGGAGGUGCUCCCCCUUCCCCGACUCCCAACAACCUCUUCAUCCUCAUCCUCAGUGACUCUGGCUGAUGCUCCCAAAAGACAUACAACGGGCUCCAUGCACCAAAUACACAUGGCCUCCUCAGUGGUGACCUCAUUCAGCCAGCUGAAGCCACCAGAGAGAGACCUCACUCUGAUGUCACACAAGAAGACAAUCAAAUUCCUGAAACAAGCUGGCAUCACGGCUGUCUUCACUGGACAACAGAAACAAGACACUAAUCAGCUUCCGCAGGAGAUACCGAUUGUUGAUGUGAUCCUGGCCGACAUUGAGGCCCUAGUGCCCACUCAUGAUGAGGCUGGACACCCCAUUGCCGAGUGGAAACGUCAGGUGAUGGUGCGACAGCUGCAGACCCGACUGCAGGAUGAGGAGGCACAGAGGAGAAAGGACCUCAAUCACGGUUCCUCCCCUGUGGAUGGCUGGAAGUACUCCCAAACCCACAAUGCAGUCCUGGGGCCCUAUGGAGAGCUCCUCACAGAAGACGACCUUCAUUAUCUGCAACAGCAGAUUGACAAUGUGUCCCUUCAGAAGCGCUACCAGGCCUAUGAGGUGGAGCUGACCAGGUUGACAGAGGAACUGAGGGCUAUUCUACCUGACCCCAUCUUAAACAUUUCCCUCAACAAAGAGGCCCUGCAAGAAAUGGACGCGCAGGGAAGUCGGGCGCUGCCGAUCUGGUGCAGCCGCGUCUCGGAGAUUGUCAGGAGUAUGUCACUGCUGGUGGCCAGCCUGACUCGAACCACCAAGGAUAAGAUGCCACUCAUUGGUAUGGCGUUUGGUCAUGAGAUGGAGAGCUACAGCAGGUCACCCAGAGAACAAGUGGAGAAGGAGAUCCGUCAGUUUGGGGUGUCAGUCAGAAACCUCCGAGCCAACUUUGAAGGUCAGAUUGGUGACAUUUAUCCCUUUGCUGGAGUGCUGCCUAGCAAAAACCAAACAAACCAAUCUUAUGGACUAACUAACAAGCUAACUAAUUACCCUAAAAAACUCCCACCUGUGAUAGAGACGACCAGCCUGAGGAAAGAGCGUAUUGUUGUGCUGUUUCUGAGCCACUGGAAGAAGUCUGCUUACGCUAUCUCAAUGCGAGCAGCAAGGCAGGAACAGGAUGUAAAAUCAGAAGCCCAACAAAGUGUCCCGUCCAUGUUUCUCUUCUGCCAAAAACUAGGAGCUGUGAACAAGAUGUUAAACUCCUGGAGGAAUAAACUCCAGCUGAAUGACGCUCACACGUCGUAUUUGUCAGCCAGUGCCUCCCAAAACCCACUUCCUGUGUACUCUCCGGAACAAUUCCUACCAGAUGUGGACUACGAUAGCUUGACGCUGGACCUCUUCAUGCUGGGAUACUUCCACAUCCUGGAACAGGGGCUGUCGCGAGAAGAGAGGAAAAUGAGGCAUCUGCUCUGCUUUGAAGUCUUUGACCACGUGGGGACUUUCCCCUGGGAGAAAGUGAGGGACUUCCACAAGGCCGUACUUCAGGAAAUCCAGACCGGGAGGCGACAGUGGAGGGAUGGCUUUGACGACAUCAAAGUUCGCUUCUUUGGAGACUUGAGACCAUCAUCAAAUUCCACACCGGUGCCUUUCGUUGUAGUUGAAGGUGCUUCGCCAGAUGAAGGUAGCAGUGACAUGGACUUCUCCUGUUUCAACAAUGAAGACAUUUGUAAAUAUAUUGAUCGCAGCUUUGCUUUCUGGAAGGAGAAGGAGGCGGAGCUCUUUGAUUUUGAACGCUAGCGUGGUCGUUUUGUUUGUGUACUCACUGUGGCAGUUUUACAGAAGGUUUAUAUACAAAAUACCCUGUUGACCCAAUUACAAGGUGGUAUUUUUUCUUGCAAAAAGACAGCUGGUCUUUUAUUUGGGGUCUAGAGAUUUAUACAUGUAAACCAGCAGGUGCCUCCCAAAAAGUUCUCCCCAAAUGAGUCAGAGAUUUUCUUCCUGGCACUCACAUACACCAGUGACAUGGCGAGAUGCAACACAUAGACCAAUUGGAAAACAUUACCUUGUUGAAAACAUGAUUUAAAGAACAAUUUUAAAUUGUAUUUUUACAAAAACAGGUGUCGAAAAAGAGAGGUUGUCUUAUAUUCAGGCAUCAUAGUAUAUUUGGGUCAAUACAGUAAUUUACAGAGGUGGGAGCAAGUUAUUGUUUUGCAAGGCUCAAGUUUUUAAUCUCAAGUCAAGUCUCAAGUCAAAACAAGACAAGACAGGUUGAGUCAUAGACUUGAGUCUUUAAAAGUCAUAAGCACAGUGUCUCCCAAAUAAAAUGUCAUUUUAACAAUGUAACAAUCUAUUAAAUUUGAGUCUGACUCGAGUCUGCCCAAAACUCUAGUCUACCUCUGAGCUGAAGUUCAUCUAAAGGGCCCACAGUUUGUGCAGGAAGUAGUUCCUAUAUACUAUUUCUGCGUUUGACGAUUGCUUGUGUUAAAAGUAUACACCCCUACUAGGUUUCCUAUGCUAUUAUUUUUCUGACAAAUACACCACAUGGUGGUGCUGCUAUUAAACCCAAAGCUUGACCACAGGAGUCAGGCUAACUUGAACUUUCUUGCACGGUUAAAUGCGCUGUACUAAACACCCACUGUAACUUUAGGGUGUUUUGCCGAAUCACCAUGAAAUCAGGUACACACAUUUGGACGACUGACAAACACGUAUGUAAAAUUUGAGUGUCAAGCAAGUGAUUGAGCAUUUGUCUAACGAUUAUAAAACUUUGAGGAUAUCUGUAUUGCAUGUAUGCUAGCAUAUCUUUCUAACCAUUGUGACCACAACCCAUAGGGGGCACCACAAAUGUUUCCUGUCAGUCGUGUGUAUGUUUAUGUGUUGUCAAUUUUAUUGUUUGAAAAAGUAUGUUUCCUAUGAAAUGAAUCAAAUGCGCUUGUACUUCUGUCUACUCAUCUACUCCAAAUCAAUUUCAGCUGUUAACAACGGCAUUGUGCUGUUAGAUGUACAGUAGUUACAGUACAUGUAGGCCUCUCUUGGCACAUGUUAGAUAGCGUGACCAGAGCAGACGUAUUUAAUCGCUUCCACUUGCUUGGCUUUCAUCUUAUCCUUUA